GUCGUCCCCGGCCCGGAGUGAUGACGUCAGCGGCUUGCGACAGGACCAGGACAGCCUGGGCUCCAGAGCGGAGUUGGCAGCAGCGGCAGGCGUACAGAGAUGGCUGCCCCCACGGAGCACUGCCGCGGAGGGUUCGCUGGGCGUCCCCGGACAACGAGGCCUUGGUGGCGGCUCGCGGUGCUCCUGUUCUCCGUGUCCUGCCUGCCGGCGGCCACCGCGCUGGUGGAGGGCCUCUACUGCGGCACCGAGGUCUGCUACGACGUGCUCGGCGUCACCCGGGAAGCCGCCAAGUUGGACAUCGCCCGGGCUUACCGGCAGCUGGCCCGCCGGUACCACCCGGACCGGUUCAGGCCAGGAGAGCCCGGAAUGGAGGGAGAGACCCGCGAGUCCGCCCAUAAGAAGUUCCUGCUCAUCGCGACCGCCUACGAGACGUUAAAGGACGAGGAAGCUCGGAGGGACUACGACUACAUGCUGGACCACCCCGAGGAGUACUACCACCACUACUACACGUACUACCGCCGGCAGCUCACCCCCAAGGUGGACGUCAGGAUCGUCAUCCUGGUCACCAUCUGCGCCAUCUCCAUCUUCCAGUUCUACAGCUGGCAAAGCAGCUACAAAGAGGCCAUCAACUACCUGGUGACGGUGCCCAAGUACCGGAUCCAAGCCACGGAGAUCGCCAAGCAGCAGGGCCUCCUCAACCGCACCAAGGAGAAGGGCAAGAACCGGCGCUCCAAGGAGGAGAUCCGCGAGCAGGAGGAGGAGGUGAUCCGCGACAUCAUCAAAAAUAAGAUUGACAUCAAGGGGGGCUACCAAAAGCCCAACCUGUCCGACAUCCUGCUGUGCCAAAUCGUGCUCUCCCCCUACUACCUGACCCAGUACGCCUCCUGGUACGCCUCCUGGUUUUACCGCUUCACCCUCUGCAGGGAGGAGUAUGGCGAGGAGGAGAAGUUCUACAUCAUCAGGAGGAACAUGAAGCUUUCUCAGUCGCAGUUCGCCAGCGUGGACGAAAGCACCAGGCUGUCCUUCCUGGAGAAACGGCUCUGGAUCAAAGAAAACUACGAGUUGCACAGAAAGGAGCAGGAGGAGGAGAUGAAGGUAAAGAUGGCGACCGACCCGAGGAUGAAGAGGUACCGCCGCUGGAUGAAGAACGAGGGGCCGGGCCGGCUGACCUUCAUCGAUGACUGACGCGACCCCGAGUGUGUGACAUACACACCUGCCUCAGUGCCAACACACACACACGCCGUGGUGUGUGGAGACAUACCUGUACAGAAAGAUGAACUAUGCCUGUUUAUAUGGGGAGAGAUAUUUUCAUAGUGAUCGGGUUAUAAAGAGGGUGACUAAGUGGAAUAAACUGUGUGCUGGGGCUUCAGAUUUUUCAGUCUUUUUUUAAAUUUUUUUACAUCGUGCCAUUUCUUUUUUCAAACCAAAACAAAAUGAAAGUUUGAUGAAUUAUAUUUUUUCUGUAAUGUUUGUUGGUAAAAGCAGAAUGAGUCACAUCCGAAGGCAGUGCUGUCAAGUGUCCUUGUGCAAGGCAUCGUACUGCCACCCGCUCAGCCUGUGCUGCUCCAGGGAGCUAACGGGCUGAAAUGUAGAAUUAGUCAAUUGUUUUAGCAUUUAUUGCUUUUAUGAUGGAUGAACCAGGGUCAGAAAGUAUUUGUUAUUUAUUUAUUCCUCCAGGAGCGGUGACAUUUAGUAAAACCCUCACUUUCUUCCCGGGGUUCAGCCGAGAAGAAUAAUACUAAUUUAGCCUAGCUUAGCACAAAGACUGGAAGCGGGGGAAACGGUUAGCCUAGCUUAGCACAAAGACUGGAAGCCGUGAAAACGGUUAGCCGAGCUCGAACAAAAGUAAGAACACUCCACCAAAGCUGUCUGGUGUACAUGUUCUCAUCUUGUUGUAGAAAGGAGACAUUUGAUUGGCUGACGAGGAACAAGAAGGAAGUGAAGCAACGAUAUCCAUCUUUUCAUCUGACGCCAAACGGCAUGUUCCCCUGUUGACCACAAGAACAUGUCGGUCAUGGGAGCUGACCGUGGAUGACUUACUUCUGAUCAACAGCUGCACGUAUCUGUAACUUGUGCAACAGCAGAUGUUUAUCACAGGAAGUUUAGUUCUUGUGGUUCCGGUGACCACGUAACCGUUUACUGCAAAGAAGUAACGUUCAUAUUAUUUAUUGUUUGACAUUUCACUGGUCUGUUGUUUGUCAAAAAGUUUAGCUUUUUUAAUAAAUACAUUAUAAAAUAUAUUUUUGAAAAAAGGUUUGUUCCCGGUUGCGUAACACAUCCUCCGGACCAGCUCGUAGGCAACUUGGCCUCAGUCUUGAUCCAUGUAUUCAAUCUUUUACUGGUUCUGGUUGCCAGAUGUGGUUUAUAAUCAAUGGUGUUGGUUUUACUUGUGUAUUUCAACAAGUACUCCACCCAUUUAGAAUUGUACUCACAAUGGAAGUUUUUUUUAAUUAGUUUACAUCAAAAGAUAAAUGUUCUUGUUUAUUCCCUUAAUUCUUCCUUUUUCAAAACAUGGCUCCUACAUUGCAACUGGCCAGGUGUGUCAUGCUAGUCGUGGCUAACGUAGCCUGGAGCUCCAGAAGUCUGGUAAGCUUGCUUCUUUCCAACUGCACCUUUUUAUUUUCCUUUCCAAACGUGCAUUCUUCAGCCCCCCAACCUUGAGGACAUGUAUCAGACUUCAACCAGCGCCCUCUGGAGUCACCCAGGGGGGUCGGCUGCAGCUCAUGGGCAGAGUGGUCGUCCCGUGACCAUAAGGUCUCCGGUUCCAUCCCCGCUCUCCCCAUAGUUCAUGUGUCCUUGAGCAAGGCACUGAAUCCCCAGGUGCUUCACUGCAGCCCACUGCUCCUUAAUAACUAAGGAGGGGUCAAUGCAGAGAAGAAUUUACCCACGGGGAUAAUUAAAGUGUACAUUAUAAUUAUUAAAUGCUUCAAUCCCUGACCACUGCAUGUUGCUGACCCUAUCCGACCUCAGAGACAAACAGCUGAAACACAACCAUGCUGGAAAGAAAACUAAGCACGCAGUGUCAGGUUUUCCAUCAACAAUAGAAAUGAUUAACUUACAUUUUUAUAAUGAAGGAAAACAAAAGACAGAAGGCCCAACAUUGACAACGAUAACUUGAAAUGAAGUGAGUGAGUUGGACAUCGCUGAGUCUCAGAUGACGCGUUUCCUGGUGAAAUGAAAAUAGUGCCUGUUGAGAUUAAGAAUGUGUCUGUUUUCAUUUCUUUAGUUACAAUAAGCUGUUUAUGUGACAUCACAGGAAGUGCACAGGCUGGAGCUUUUUCAACAUGUUCUGUACUUUGAUUUGAUUCAUAACGAUGUAACGCAGCUCAUCGACAGUUACCGGUUUCUUAAAUGUUUUUUUUAUUUAUAAUAAUGUCUUAAGAAUUUAUAACUAUUCUGAAAUGCCAAAAAAAAGUGACAAAGGACUGAAGUCUGAUUUAUACAGUAAAUGUACAAGUCCACAAUUCUGUGUACAUAUUGCUGAUUUUUUAAAACUCAAAACCUAAUCCAGUACUAAUAAAAGAUGUACCUCUCCCUC